AAAUCACUCUAAUUCCUUACAAUAACUUAUCUAGAUCCGGGAUUUCUUAUACUGGCGAUUGUUUACAUCGUGUAAGGAUAAAAAUGAAAAUGAAGCUUGUUGAUUCCGUUGUAAAAAGUUUUAAGGUUGCAAAGGUAUUUCGUGAAAAUACUGACAAAAUAAAUGCAAUAGACUUUUCUCCAAACGGUGAGCAUUUGAUUUCAUGCAGUGAGGAUGACCAAAUUGUUAUAUAUGACUGUGAGAAAGGAACGCAGAGUCGAACUGUUAAUUCAAAGAAGUAUGGCGUUGAUCUAAUACGUUUCACCCACGCCAAUAACACCGCAAUUCAUAGUUCAACGAAAGUAGAUGACACUAUACGUUACUUAAGUCUUCAUGAUAAUAAAUACUUGCGAUAUUUCCCUGGUCAUACAAAAAAAGUUAUUUCACUGUGCAUUUCGCCGGUUGAAGAUACUUUCCUCUCUGGCUCGUUGGAUAAGACUUUGCGAUUAUGGGAUUUACGUUCGCCCAAUUGCCAGGGAUUGAUGAACUUACCUGGUCGCCCUGUUGCCGCAUACGAUCCAGAAGGAUUAAUAUUUGCAGCUGGUGUAAAUUCUGAGAGUAUUAAGCUAUAUGAUUUGCGCUCAUUCGAUAAAGGACCUUUCGUAACGUUCAAAUUAUAUCAAGAGAAAGAAUGUGAUUGGACUGGUUUGAAAUUCUCAAGGGAUGGUAAAAUAAUUCUUAUCAGUACGAAUGGAUCCAUCAUACGUUUAGUAGACGCAUUUCAUGGAACUCCUUUGCAAACUUUCACUGGUUAUCCAAACAACAAGGGCAUUCCCAUAGAAGCCAGUUUCAGUCCGGAUUCGCAAUUUAUUUUUUCGGGAAGUACAGAUGGUCGUGUGCAUAUUUGGAACGCGGACACUGGUUGUAAAGUAUGCGUUUUAAACGGAGAUCACCCAGGACCCGUGCAAUGCGUACAAUUCAAUCCCAAAUACAUGAUGCUUGCAUCGGCUUGUACAAACAUGGCUUUUUGGUUGCCGACUUCAGAGGAAGAUUUAUAAAAUUUGUUUCUUUGAAAUGUUUCACUGCUAUUUGUGCUACUAAAUCUUAAACUCGUGUAUUAAUUUUAGUUGAUAAAUAUAUGUCUAUGAACAAAAAUAAAUAAAAUAUUUUUUCUUUA